UCAAGAUAAAAACUAUUACAGCUGUCACUGGCUGUCACUUGUCAGAGAUAUAUUUAAUUGGGUUUUGUCUUAUUGGAGCGAUUGGAACAUGUUAGUGAUGUGACAAGUGCGGGUUUAGUAAACAUUAAAUAGCGCGUGGACCGUUAUUAUUUUUUUCCUUUCGUUAGUUCUGUGAUCUGCAGUGAAAACAUCCACGUUUACACAAAUGGUUGUAAGAGAUUGCAAAAACGCGAAUUGCAGCGCGAUUGUUCUCUACUGAUAACGUCUUAUCAAAAAGGUGGAAGUUGUUCGUAUUUCGACCAAUUGCCGUGCUACAUUCCGUUCACGCACAAUAUGUUAUCAUCAACCAAUAACAGCGAAUCCUCUUGACACAGCAUAUUUAUAUUUCUCUAUUAACUGUAGUUUUGUUGUUUUUUUUACCUCCUUCUAUUUUUACUAUAAUUUCUUUCUUGAUUUGGGUACAAUGUCAAAUUCUAGAAAUCAUUUUUUCCUACAAAUCUGUAUUCUGUUUGCUAAUAUUCUGAUAUCAUUUUGCUUGGAAGAUGUGACACCCAUGAGCAAUGAGGAGAAGGCAGAGCUGAGGGAGGAGGCAAGGGACAUGUUCUAUCAUGCUUAUAGAGCAUACAUGGAAAAUGCAUAUCCUGCUGAUGAACUAAUGCCCCUCAGUUGCCAGGGAAGAUACAGGGGACUUACUCCAAAUCGGGGUGAUAUUGAUGAUUCAUUAGGAAAUUUCUCUUUGACUUUGAUUGAUACUUUGGACACUUUGGUUAUUUUGGGAGAUUUGGAAGAGUUUGAACAUGCUGUUGGUCUUGUCAUUAAGGAUGUAUCGUUCAACAAUGAUGUCGUUGUUUCUGUUUUUGAAACGAAUAUACGCGUUCUCGGAGGAUUACUGUCAGGUCAUAUUUUGGCUGAAUACCUGAAGCAGCGGGCAGGGAUAAUGCAAUGGUACAAUGCGGAGCUGCUGGAUAUGGCCAAGGACGUCGGAUACAGAUUGCUUCCAGCAUUCAAUACAACGACUGGAAUACCGUAUGCGCGGGUAAAUUUAAAGUACGGUAUAAAAAGUGAUAAUUCUGAGGCGGCGAAGGAGACCUGCACCGCCUGCGCGGGUUCCGUCAUUCUGGAGAUGGCCGCGCUGAGCCGUUUGACUGGUGAACCGAUCUUCGAGCAGAAGGCUCACAGGGCUAUGGACGAGUUAUGGAAGAUGCGACAUCGAAGUUCCGAUCUUAUGGGAUCCGUCCUCAACGUUCAUUCUGGUGAUUGGGUGCGACGGGAUUCCGGUGUCGGCGCCGGCAUCGAUUCGUACUACGAAUAUUGCUUGAAGGCCUACAUCUUGCUAGGGGACAACAAAUACUUAAAUAGAUUCAACAGGCAUUACAAUGCCGUGAUGAAGUAUAUUUCUCAGGGUCCGAUGUUGUUAGACGUGCACAUGCACAGACCGCACACGAACUCUCGCAAUUUUAUGGAUGCGCUUUUGGCAUUCUGGCCCGGCCUGCAAGUGCUUAAAGGUGAUAUUAAGCCAGCGGUAGAGACGCACGAGAUGCUUUAUCAGGUAAUGAAAAGGCACAAGUUCAUCCCCGAAGCUUUCACAACUGAUUUUCAAGUGCAUUGGGGUAAUCAUCCUCUGCGUCCCGAGUUUUUGGAAAGCACGUACUUUCUGUACGGCGCAACCAAUGACCCGCAUUAUUUGGAAGUGGGGAAGAACGUUCUCAAGAGUCUACAGAAAUAUGCUCGUGUUCCAUGCGGUUACGCAGCCGUGAACGACGUGAGGACUGGCAAAAAGGAAGAUCGCAUGGAUUCGUUUGUGCUUGCUGAAACAUUUAAAUAUCUGUACUUGCUGUUCUCUGAUGCGGAUGAUUUAAUAUUGAACAUGGAUGAGUUCAUCUUCACCACUGAAGCACAUCUUUUGCCGCUGAGUUUAUCGCAUUUCGGAAAUAUCACUGCCAAGUCCGAAGAUCUGGACGAUUACGAGAACGCCCGUACAUGCCCGAAUACUCUUCAGCUUUUUCCAGGAUCAGUGCGAAAAACACUAUGGAAUAUGGUGGAUGGAAUGUGCCCUAAGAAGGUGGGUAAAAAGAGGCUAAUGGCUGCCGAGUUCUCGGCGUCUAAUUUGAAUCAUCUGAAGAUCAUCAAGGAUAUGGGAAUUAACAUCAUUGCUCUCAGCGAUGGACGAGUGCAGCUUUUGCAUACGUUCUCUGCGGCCCGUUCGAUCUCCGAUGCUGAGGAUGGACUUCUUUUCAUGCAAGAAAUGGUGGAACUGUCAAAGCUUCAAUCACAACAGCCGGAAGCCGCUCCUCAAGCAGUUUCUUUUCAGACCAAAAAUGCCGAUGGUACUGGCAAUUUUAUUGUUCUGCAAGCAGGUCCUGCGCAUUUCGGUAUGAAUUUGAAAGGGGACCUUAAGGUUACCGGGAAAUCCAUUAUCAUUCAUCCCCUGAAAGGUUGCGGAUCCCUUCCAGCUGGUGACAAGAUGAAAGGAAAGAUCGCAAUUAUGGAAAGGGGUGAUUGCAUGUUUGUUGAGAAAGCACGAAGAGUACAAAAAUUGGGCGCAAUCGGUGCCAUCAUUAUAGAUAAUACGCCAAGCAGUAGCGCUCAUACGUCGCCUAUGUUUUCCAUGUCCGGAGACGGCACCGACGACGUCAAGAUACCGGCAGUCUUCCUAUUCACCCAAGAAGCCUCCAAAUUGCUGCUGAGCAUAUCGAAAGACUCCACGCUCGACCUCACGCUCAGCGAGCUGAAGACAGACGCGGCCGUGUGGCCACCGAGCGAGGAAGAAUCAAUGUUCCAAAAACUGAAAGUAUCCGUCCAAGAAUUCUUAAACAAACACACUGGUAUCGCAUUCACGCGGUCAAUACUAGUUGGGAACUUUAAGGCAAACCUAGAGAGCAGCAUAGACAUGAUCAAGAUCAGUUACUUGAAGAACGAGAUAUACAGACCGACCAAGCAAAUUGUGAACCCCAAAUGGAGUCAAAUUAGAACAACCCUUUUGAGAAGCAUCAUGAAAUCCCAGAAAAAAGACGUUCUGGUAUCGUUUAACGAUAUCCGCAUGUACUACGAGUCCUAUAGUAAAAUUAAAGAGGAAACACCGAAUAACGGUGACAUAAGGAAACCUACCGAAUGGCUUCUUCGCGAGCUCAACAUGGAGCUGUACUGGAACGAAAACCAACCGAAAAUUCAGGAAAGUCAUCUUCUGGAAGAUCAAGAAGAAAGUGAUGGAAAUACCUCCGAUGUGGCCAAAUCUCUGUAUAAGCAGACCGUCUUGGACGAUGUGAAAAACGAAAGUACCGGUACCGAUGAUCUGAUCAUCAGCGAGGAGCGGGAUUCAAGUGAUAAAAUAAUCUUAAGUAAAGAGCAAGUAGACGCUAGUGAAAAAAAUAAAAAGGAUGAAUUAUGAUUCA